AUGUCUAGCUGGUGGAAUAAAACAAGUGCUAGUAAUUUUACUCGUGGUUUAACUUCAAUAACUGGACAAUUAUCAAGUAACCUUAAAGAUAUUUUAACAGAAGCAAGCGAAGAAAAUUAUGAUCCAACAGCUGAAUUAACUCGAGCUCGACAACAAAUUGAAGAUCUUGAAUUACGAAAACAAGCAUUAAUGGAAGAAUGUACAUCAUUAAAAAAACAAUGUGAUGAACUUACUAUGCAAAAACAAGCAGUAGAAAUUAAAUCUGAUAUGUUAUUAGCUGAAAGUCGUCGAGUUAUCGAUGAAAAAGACAAUGAAUUAAAACGACUCCGAGAAACUGCAAGUGCUGUGACAUGGAAUAAUCCGAACGAUUUAAAUAAUACUUGGACUGAUAUUCUUGAAGAUGAUCAACCUGAAAUUAAUGAAUAUCUUAAAUAUCAACGAACAAUACGUGAAUUAAAAGAUGAAAAUAGUCAUUUACGAGAUGAAAUGGCAAAUUUACGAAAAUCAUUGAAAUCACAAUCAUCUGAAAAAAAUCAAUAUCGACGAGAAGAUGAUAUAAUUCAAAUUGAGCAAAUGUAUUCUGCACAAAUAUCUAAAUGUCGUCAAGAAUAUGAUGAACAAAUUCAUAAAUUACAAUUACGUAUUAAAGAACUUGAAGAUUGGAAUGAAAAUCAUCAAGAAGAUGAAUUAAGAAAAACAAUGGAAGUACAAAAAGAAGUUGAUGAAGUUGAUAAAGAUCUACUUUCACAAGAACUUGAACAAGCAAAUAAUAAAUUAAAUUGGUAUAGUGAAAAAUUAAAAGAAUAUAUUAAUUUAGAAACAAAUAUGGAUUCAUUAAUAUUACAAAAUAAACAAUUAGAAAAUGAUUUAGAAUUAGAAAAACAAAAUAAUAAAUCAAAUUUAGAACGUAUUAAUCAAUUAGAACAAAAUAUUGUUCAAUUAGAUUCGAAUAAAAAUCAUCAAGAACAACAAACUGAUAAUAAUAAUGAUAAUGAUUUAAAUCGUCUUCUUACUGAAGAACGACAACGUUGUGAUGCUCUUGCAGUUGAUAAUGAUUCAAUGUUUCAUCUUCUUGAAGAAACUCGUUUACAAAAUUUACAAAUUGAAAAUAAUUUGAAAGAAAAAUUUCAAGAUGAUAUUCAAAAUAAAGAAAAACAAAUUGAACAAUUAACUUUUCAAAUAAAUUCUCUGCAAGAUCAAUUACAAAAACAAAUUAAUCUUCAAAAAAAUGAACAAGAAACUUUAGAUAGACAAAUUAACAAUGUUCGAGAAGAAAUUCAAACGAAACAAAAACAAAUUGAUAUGGAGAAAAGUGAACAUGAAAAACAGAUAAAUCAAUUAAAUGAAGAAAAGAAUCAUUUAAUAGUUCAAAUAAAUAAUCUUCAACAAUUUAAAGAUGAACAAUUGGCAAAACAAAGCGAAGAAGACGAAAACCGUUUAAAAGAAUUUCAUGUACGAGAAAUGCUUGAAAGACAAUUAAUUGAACUUAAUGAAGAUUUACAAACAAUAGAAAAUGAGAAAAAUGAACUUAAUAAUCAAAUUGAUGAACUUAAAGAGCAAUUACAAUUAAAAGAUAGACAAAUUCAAACAGCUGAAAAUUUAGCAACAACACCUGGUUCACCAGCAGCUCUAUCUUCAUCACCAGAUAUACGAAAUCGUUCUCCAUCUCCUCAAACAUUUGAACAUUUACUUGAAUUAGAAGCUCAAAUACUUCGAAAUGAACAACAAUUUCGUGAACUGAAUGCUGUUUAUGAUCGUUUUAUAACUUUAUUACCAAUUGAAAUUUCAUCAUCAGAUAAUAAUCAAAUAUCAUUAUCAGAUAGAUUUUUACAUUUAUUCGAACAAUGGUCAACAUAUGUUGAUACACUUUCAAUAACACAACAAGAACUUGAAUCACUUAAACAUUUACUUAUUGAAAAACAAGAUGAUCUUGAAAAACUGCAAUUUGAUUUAGAUUUAACAACAACAAAAUUAAUUGAAUUGCAACAACAACAACAACAACAACCAUCAUUAUUAACACAUGAAAAUAGAUCUUUUCAUCAUAAGGAAGAAGAAAAUGAAGAAGAAAUUGAACAUAUUCUUGAACUUCAUCCAUUUCCUCAACGUGCACCAUCAAGACAAUCACUUAUAUCGAGUACACCGGGUGAAAAACAACAAUUAAUAGCACAAAAUGAACUUCUUUCAUCAUUAUUAGCUGAAAAAGAUCGUGAAUUAAUAUCAUUACAACAAGCUGAAAAAACACGUGAAGAUUUAAUGAAAAAUUUAGAAACAUUAAGAAUUAAUUUACAACAAUUGGAACUUGAUAAAGAAAUAAAACAAGUUGAAUUAAAUGAUAUAAGAAAUGUACUUGAUGAAAAAUUAAGAGAAAAUUCUUCAUUAAAAAAAGAAAAAAUGAAUUUUAUUGAAAAACUUUCAGAAAUCGAACGUAACAGACAAGAACAACAAUCAAUGAUUCAAAUUUCACAUAGACAAUCAUCACAAGAAGAUGACAAAUCAUCUACACCAACAACACCCAUUGAAAAAGAUAAACAUACUUUUGAACAAGUUCAUACACAAGAAGAAUAUGAAAAACUUCGUUCUGAAUAUGAUCAAUUAGUAGAAUUUUCUAAACGACAACAUGAUGAAUCUUUAUCAUAUUACAAUGAAUAUUCACGUAUUCUUGCACUUCAUAAUGAACUUAAUAUAAAAUAUAGUCAAUUACAAAUUGAUAAUGAAUCUGUUCAAUCGUUAAUUCAACAAAAAAAUGAAGCUUAUUUACAAUGUCAAAAUGAAUUAAAUAAUUAUCAAAAUUUAUUAUAUCAUGAAAAGAAAAAAUCUGAAGAAAUUGAUUUAUUACGUUCAACAUUAAUUGAACGUGAUACUAAAGUUCAACAAUUAAUUGAUAAUGAAACAAAACUUCUUGUUAAACAAUCUGAAUUAGAACGUGAUAUUAAAAUAUUAGAGCAAAAUAAUUUUGAAUUAAAAUCAACUGAACAAUCAUUUAUUGAACAAUUUCAACAAAUGAAUAUUGAACAAAUACAAUUAGAAUUAAAAUAUAUUACAAAUGAACGUGAUUCAGCUAUUGUUGCAAGAAAACAAUUAGAAAAUGACAUCGAAUUAAAUAGACAAAAAUUUUUACAAUAUGAAGAACGUGAACGAAAAUUAAUAAAUGAAAUCGAACGAUUACGUACACAUUUAUUAAAAAUGGAAGAAUCAUAUACAACAGAUUUAAUUGCUGCUGAAGAUCGAGAAAAAUUAUUAAGAAAUCAAAUAGCACAAUUAGAUGAUACAAAUCGUGCACAAAAUGAACUUAUACAACAACUUAAUAUAAGUGGUGAACAAUCAAAACAAGCAUUAGCUACUGAAUUAGGUACAUUAAAAUAUGAAUAUAGUAAAAUUGAAGCAUUUAAUACAAAUUUAAAUAAUCAAUUACAAUAUCAAAUGAAAUGUUCACAAAAUUUACAAAAUGUUCUUGAACAAUUUAAACGAGAACGUGAACAACAUAUCAAUGAACAUUUACGACAAUAUCAAGAUGCAUUACGUGAACAAACUACGCUAGCAAAUCGUCUAACAAAUGAAAAUAAUGAAAUUCGUAAUCGUUUAGCUGAAUAUAAUGAGGCAUUAUCUGCUGCUCAUCGUUUAAAUGAUCAAAUAGAAAAAAAAGAUUUAUUAAUAAAUACACUUCGUAAUGAAAUUCAUGAUAAAGAUAAAAAAAUUCAACAAUAUGAAUAUAAUUUACGUGAUUUACAAUCAACAAGUGGUUCGCGUGUUGAAAAACAACUUGUGAAAAAUAUACUUUUAUCUUAUUUUCAUACACCUGUUAAUAAACGACAAGAAGUUAUUCCACUUUUAGGUGCAUUAGUUGGUUUUACACAAGAUGAAUAUAAAAAAGCUAUUGAUGCUGCAUCAACUAAUCAAAGUAAUAGUCCAAAAGGUGGAUCAAGUUGGCUAACAGGUUGGCUAGCUGGAAACUCAGCAGGAGGAGGAGGAGCUAAUUCAGCAAGAGCAAGAACACAAUCCGAAACUCCAGUUUAUGAUCCGAAUAAAUCAUUUACUGAAUUAUUAAUUCAAUAUGUUGAUCAACAAUCAACUAAUAAUCUUCAACAACCAACAGCAAAAUUUAAUACUGAUGAAUAUCUUCAUCGACAUGAUAGUAAUGUAGGUGGUGGUGGUCAUCAUCUUACAAGAAAAUCAUCAUUAUCUACAUCACAAAAUCCUUUUGUUAAUUCUUCACAUUUACAUCUUAAUAAACAAUCAUCUGCGAUUGUUUUACCAACUUCGAAUACAUCACAAAAUAUAACUACUAUUAAUCUACCUCCUCUUCCAUCAUCAUCGUCAACAGCAACAACAACAACAACAACGGCAACAACAGCAAAUCUAGAAUCAUCAUCAACUAUUCUCAAAGACUUGUUAAAAGCUUGA